AUGACCACAUACUACGUGCCUUCUUCUGUUGAGAAUGGGGAGUAUCCUCUGUCCCAGCCUUCUGGCCACGGUGACUUUGAUCUAUAUCUUACUAACGGUGGUGCAAAAGAGGCUGUGACAAACAUCCUUCCACCACGGCAGAUUCAGGAUCCAUUGCCGCUACCGCCGCGGCAGCAACAGCAGCAUCAGGAGGAAUCUCACACACGGGAGUCGAGGACGUCAUCGCAUCGAGAACAUGGACGUGCAGAGGUUUCCUAUGUUGUUGACCAGCUGGUGGAUGAGCAGCAAAAGGUGCUGGCACUCCAGGAGCAGAUUGCUACGCUCUCUAACGAUCUGAGUGAGGCGCGGUCUGCGUCUCGCGGUGCCUCGCAUGAAUCCCUGCAGGAUUCCGGACGCUACUUUAUCCGCACCACGAACAGUGGCGCAAAUCCUCCUUCCGGUGACGCGCUGCGUAAGUUGCUUGAACUCUAUGGUGUCAUAGACAACUCAGAGGGUGCUCCAAUGUGGACCAGGGAGGAAAUGAAGGCGUUGCAGUGUGCUCCGCUGCAGCAACUGGUCUUUCUGCGGAAGAAACUCCUUGCGUCCCUGUUUGGCCUCUCAGACGCUAUCGUUCGACGACGUUUGUGCAUCACUAAGUCACGUAAUGUACAGGAUAAGACCCAAGAGGAGAACAACGUGAUCAUCAUGGCGUCCCUGCACCGUUUGUUGGGGGAGGCGUUUUAUAUCAACUCCGUGACUGGCGCAAAGGAGCUCUACACCUUGGCGGAGGGAAUCUGCGGGAUCGAAACUGAAGUGUUCGACGCGGCGUGGUACAAUAUUCGUGAAGUUACGGACGACGGCUUACUCUUUAAUUCAUAUGAAAAACUCCAGGAGUUUGUGCAACACCCCUCCAAGCACCUGACGAAGCAGUGGCGUAAGCGGUACGAAGGCUCCAUGCGAAAAAUACUACUGGCUGCUGUGAUAAAUUCCAAAGGGACCACACUGCUGCAGACACGCCGCAAGGAACUUGAGGUGAUUGCGCGUGAGGAACUGUUCCAUACAGCGUUGCUUCGCGCAGUGCAGGGUCGUGAUGUGGUGCCACAGAGCAUCCACUGUUUUCCCCCUGAAGGGAUUCCAGCAGCACAGCCGUGCGAGGUUGAGGUUGAGGACCGCCCAUCCCCACCGAUGGUGCCAAAGGGGCCCUCUGUGUCGUCGCGGGGGGAGCCACCGAUGCGGUCCCCGCGCGUCACUGUUUCACCGUUGAGUUCCGCACGCAUAGCGCACUGUCGAUGGAACCCCAACCGUGUACCUUUCCAGCAGCAGCAACAGCAACACGCGCUUUCCCGCGAUGACACGUCGCUGAGUCGUGUAACGCGUGAGGCGCCUGUUUCCAUCAGCGCGCAGCGGCAGCGGAACGUGGGGGCGGGGGCGCCCUCCAGGCGCCGCACGGCGGAGAGCCUCGGGCUUCCAUCGACGUACACGACGCCUCGUUCGGGGUGGCAGACGCCAUACACGCAGCGCACGCCGACCCCCACACGCGUGGACUCCCGCGCUACCACGCCAAAACGCCACAACAACAUGAACUUGCGCCCCUACGAUGCCGACCCCUGUCGCCUGGUAAGCAUGCCGGUGCGAGUGACGUCGUCCCCGCUCCGCCAGCUGGAAGUGGAAUACCUCAACAGCCGUCACAACUUACAAAAAGCAGUACCAGCAACGAUAGGGCGACGAUGA